CUUCCAAGUUCAUGCCCCACAGCCAUAAAUGAUUUCCUGCCUAGAACUUUAUAGAAACAUUUCAGGAAAUAACAAGAUUUUCCUGUCAACUUCACCUUAAUUUACCUGACAAGGAAUUGCCAGAGAGGACCAUUUGAUCCUAUGGUUACGUACCUAUGUCUCCUAGCAAACUCCACCAAGAGGCCUCUUCACCACUCAUCUAUACUUAUAAUAGAUUUUCUCACAUACACUUUUAUCUGUAUAUACACAUGCAUCACCCACAUCCAACUCAACUCCCCAAGUCAUCACAUUAUCUACUCGCAAACCAAAAUUUCCCUUCUCCUUUAUCAUUUCUGCUAUUUUUCAGUUCCCAGAUAGUUAACAUAAACAAAUAGCAAUGGCUAUUCGCUGUCCUGCUAUUACACAUGCUAAGCAGAUACUUCGCCGAUCAAACUUGCUUCCAAAUCAAUCUGCUUCUAAUUUUACAGAUGUUCGCAAAGGCUACUUAGCAGUUUAUGUUGGAGAAGGCCAAAAGAAGAGAUUCAUAGUUCCAGUAUCAUUGUUGAAUAAGCCCUCAUUUCAAGAAUUGCUAAGGAAGGCUGAGGAAGAAUUUGGGUUCAAUCAUCCAAUGGGUCGUAUCACAAUUCCCUGUAGAGAAGACAUCUUUAUUGAUCUAACUUCAUGUUUGAACGGAUCAUGAUAUGAAAAUCA